AUGACCUCCUCGAUCUACACCUACACCGUCCCCACCUACCUCAAGGGCCUGGACACCCUGACUUUCAUGCUCAAAAAGGCCGAAGAAUACGCCAAAGAAAACAACAUCCCCCUCUCCGAGUUCGCCGAGGCCCGUCUCUACCCAGACAUGCUCCCGUUGAGCUUCCAGGUGCAAUGCGUCAGCAACACAUCCAAGAACUCCGUCGCCCGCCUCUCCGGCACCGACAUCGUGCCGAUGGAAGACAACGAGAAAACCUUUGAGGAGUUCUACGAUCGCAUCAACCGCACCAUCGACGUGAUCAAGGCCGUUGAUCCGAAGCUCUUCGAGGGCCGCGAGCACACGGAGUUCUCAGUCAAGUUGGGCUCGUAUGAGUCGACUUUUACCGGCGAGUCGUACGUCAAUCGCUUUGGGCUGCCGAAUUUUUUCUUUCAUUUGAACAUUGCGUAUGCCAUCUUGAGAAGUAAGGGGGUGCCUCUGGGGAAGUUUGAUUAUCUCAAGUAUUUUAAUUCUUGA